CAGGAUGACACACAACCCAUCAUGUGCUCAUACAAGCUAGUCUCUGUUUCAUUUGAUGUUUGGGCGUUAGCCUCAAGAGUAGAAUCAUAUGUUCACAAGGUUAUACAGGACAUUUUAUUGCUAGGCCAUAGACAAGCAUUUGCAUGGAUUGAUGACUGGAUCGGCAUGACUAUAGAUGAUGUGAGGGAUUAUGAGAAGGUAAUGCAAGAAAAAACAAAUGAUAAAGUUGCAGCAGACAUUUGACUUUUAUUUUAAUUAUGUGACAAUAACAUUGUACCAAAAAAAUAAUUACAAAUAAUUUUUUGUGGAAUGGUUUUGUGUUGCUACCAAUGAGGUGUGACAUCAGACUGAAAAAGUUUUUUGAGACUUACUGCACUUUGGUUUGCCCAUAGUUUUGGGCCAUAAUUCUGAUGAAGAGUUCAAGGGUGCACCUUUUCAAGUUGUUGUUUAUUUCAGUCCAAAUUUGAAUUAUUCUUGACAGCAAUGAUAGUUUUUAAAACAAGUAAAACAACUUAUUACAAUCAACAACAU